AUGGGUUGGAAUUCGCACCUCAAGCAAGACUUGAUAUGCUUCGUGGGCGAGUUUGUCGGCACCACCCUCUUCCUCUUCCUUGGUCUCGGAGGAAUCAAGACAGCGGUCGCAUCGACCACAGCGGCUCAAACUCAGACCAUCACCACGCUCAGUAAUACAGAGAUCCAGAUCAUCUCGACUUCGAUGGGAUUGAGCUUGCUCAUCACCGCCUGGAUCUUCUACCGCAUCACCGGAGGCCUUUUCAACCCUGCCGUCACUUUCGCAUUAUACCUUGUCGGCGCAGUCGCACCUUUCCGAUCUGCUAUCCUUGUCAUCGCACAGAUCGCGGGCGGCAUUGCUGGCAGCGGAUUGAUCGCACUGCUUACUCCGGGCGGCACGAAGGCAUUCGUAGUCACGCUCGAGCCAGGAAUGAAUACUGGCCAGGGACUCAUGCUUGAAGCAUUCUUGACCGCCAUUCUCGUCUUCUCAGUCCUCAUGCUUGCCGCCGAGAAGCACAAGGCCACAUAUCUUGCACCCAUUGGCAUUGGUCUCACGCUAUUCGUAUGCCAGCUGUUUGGUACACUUUGGACCGGAUGCGGUAUGAAUCCCGCCCGCGCUCUUGGACCAUCUGUCAUCCAGGGAUCUUUUGUUCACUACCACUGGAUCUACCACGUUGGACCUUUCAUCGGAUCAUUGAUCGCGGUUGGAUUCUACAUGAUGCUCAAGGCGUUCGAUUAUGGCUCUAUCGUGCUCGGACAAGACGCAGACACGAAUGUCGGACCAGCGCCCGUACCUGUUCCUGCACGAAUCUGGGCGUACAGCACCCACGGCUUUUCACAUAGCCAGCGGUCUGCUUUGCUGCGAUCUGGUAUGCAAAAUGAUGCGAUCGACCAAGCCGAGAAGGGCGCAGUCGAAGCAGCCUUGGCGGAGCAUAAUCUCGCCUCUGCCGGCUCGCUGACCGGCGAAAAGUCGGCGACUGACGAGAAGGUCGCGAACGGCCACACUUAUGGCCCUAACGGCCACCUCAAUGGGCCCUCAGGUCAAUCUGAGAACGCUGCUCACCAGCCACAUGCCAGCAAUGCAACACCUGGCAACGGCAAUCUCAUCGCCGGCGGACCUUUGCACCGAAAUCACCACAACGAGCAUGUCCGCGUUGCCACGCCUCCCCACUCGACACGCGCAUCCGGCGAGUAUCAUCACGCCCGGCCAUCUGCUUCGACUAGAACGUCAAGCUAUAAUCGCGCAGGCAACACCGGAGCAGCAGCAAGCAGCUACCCUUCGAUGGGCUCUGCAGCUCAAGAUGUCGGCGGUAUUGGCGCGCCCGCUUCAAAAGCCACCGGUCUUGCAUCACUCGGUUCACUCGGCAACGUGCUUGGCCACACUGGACCCAAGUCUGACCAAGCUUAG